GACGCCAUGCGCACCAAGAUACGGUGGCCGGGCGGCAGUUGGGAGCCGACAGCGCCUGCGUGGAUGGAGAGGUUAAAUGGGGGCGGGAUGGCGCAGGCGCGCUCAGACUCCGGCUACCGGAGCGUAAACAAGGCGCCGGAAGGGAUGAGGGGGCGGGCGGAGUCGAGCGAGGCCUGGAGCCGCUGAGGCCGAGCCCGCGCCCCCAAGCUCCCUGCCGGCCGGGGGUCCCGCCGCUCAGGGGGGCGCCAUGAAUCUGGCCAGUCAGAGCGGGGAGGCCGGCUCCGGCCAGCUGCUCUUCGCCAACUUCAACCAGGACAACACGUCCCUAGCUGUUGGCAGUAAGUCAGGUUACAAAUUCUUCUCCCUUUCUUCUGUGGACAAACUGGAACAAAUCUAUGAAUGUACCGACACAGAAGAUGUGUGCAUCGUGGAGAGGCUGUUCUCCAGUAGCUUGGUGGCCAUAGUUAGCCUUAAAGCCCCACGCAAGCUGAAAGUUUGCCACUUUAAGAAGGGGACUGAGAUUUGCAACUACAGCUAUUCCAAUACAAUCCUGGCUGUCAAACUAAAUAGACAGAGGCUGAUAGUAUGCCUAGAAGAGUCUCUAUACAUACAUAACAUACGAGACAUGAAGGUGCUGCAUACAAUCAGGGAGACGCCCCCCAACCCUGCUGGCUUGUGCGCCUUGUCAAUAAACAAUGAUAACUGCUAUCUGGCCUAUCCAGGAAGUGCGACCAUCGGAGAGGUGCAAGUCUUUGACACCAUCAAUCUGAGAGCUGCUAACAUGAUCCCAGCUCAUGAUAGUCCCUUGGCUGCAUUGGCCUUCGAUGCAAAUGGCACUAAACUUGCCACAGCAUCAGAAAAGGGGACAGUGAUCCGAGUAUUUUCCAUUCCAGAGGGACAGAAACUCUUUGAAUUCCGAAGGGGAGUGAAGAGGUGUGUAAGCAUCUGCUCGUUGGCCUUCAGCAUGGAUGGCAUGUUCCUCUCUGCAUCCAGUAACACAGAGACAGUGCACAUCUUCAAACUCGAGACUGUGAAAGAAAAACCUCAGGAAGAGCCCACUACCUGGACAGGUUACUUUGGAAAAGUGCUGAUGGCCUCCACAAGCUAUCUGCCCUCUCAAGUCACAGAAAUGUUUAACCAGGGCAGAGCCUUUGCUACAGUUCGCCUGCCAUUCUGUGGACACAAAAACAUCUGUACUCUUGCCACAAUCCAGAAGAUUCCCCGUUUACUGGUGGGAGCUUCUGAUGGGUACCUCUAUAUGUACAACCUGGAUCCCCAGGAAGGAGGAGAGUGCACACUAAUGAAACAGCACAAGCUAGAUGGCAGUAUGGAGCCAGCCAAUGAAAUUUUAGAGUCUGCGUCACAUGACCGGCCACUAGUAGCACAAACAUAUAGUGCUGCUGUGACAAAAGGUACUUAUGUGCCUUCAUCACCCACAAGACAUGCCUAUACAGAGGAUCUGGGUGCAGUGGGUGGAGCUUGCCUGGAAGAUGAAACCAAUGCACUGCGUUUGGACGAAGACAGUGAGCAUCCUCCCAUGAUUCUUCGGACUGACUGAACUUUUGACCUGUGAACUCACUCCUAAAGCUGAGAACACUGGCCUGAUGUUUCUUGAGGAAUCUCGUGUUAUGCUGCUAUGAACUUUGGCAUGAAUUGGGAGAGAGGAUGACAGACUCCAAAAACAGUUUUAAACGUUGUAGCUGUAGUCCUAAUUCUAUACCAUUGGAAAAAUGUAUGGUUUCAGUUCAGUGGCUUUUAAUCUUGCUUAUCGAUUUUAGCUGUGUGGUUUUUGCUUUUUUGUUUUUGGGCAGGGUUUGUUUUGUUGCCAAAACCUGCUGUUUGUGCAGUCGUCAGAACCUACUAGCUUUGCAUGCAUUCAUGUGCCAAGCAAGCAUUGGCGAGAGAAGCCACUUUAUAACAAACUAAAGUUUGUAUUUUUUUAUAUAUGUAUAUAAUACUUAGCAUAUAUAAGGAAGGAGUGGAAAAGUGGUUCUGAAUGCUGAGGCUGGUUCUGCACUGACAAAGGUCCAAAUGGUUUCCUGUGCAGUGGCUUGCAGGCAUGCCUCAUGACUGACAUGCAAUCUUUAAGAUGCAAUAUCCUGUUUCUUGGGUUUCCCCCUCCCCUUCCCUGAACCAUUUGGUUAAUUAAAAUUCCUUCUGAAUGUUGCUUAUUUGUGGGAGUGUUCUGUUUGUUGGGAUGGAAGUCCUGUUUCCUGACUGGAAUUUCUUCUGUCCCCAAGAAUAUGUAAUAUAGAAAGUGCCUAUACAGGAAAAAUCUUAGGGGAAGAAAAGCUAGGAAGGGGUAGACACUUACUGUUGUGGGGUUUUUUGUUUUUUUUGUGUUUAUCUAUCCUUGCUGUUUUGGAGCUGUCUGACUUCAAGCCAAGUUAGCCAAUAUGCUGACUUAGAAGAGGUGUUUCAGGUUAAUAACUUGGAAAGCACUUUCUUCCUCCCUCCCUCCCUCUGUUAGAUCAGUUAUGUCCCUGGCAGAGCAGCAAUAAUCUCUCAUUUUAUACCUGCUUUAAUCCCUCAGAGCAAGAACAGCAUCCUUCCUGCCAAGGACUGGAUGGAGAUAGCUUCAGAGUCUGACAGCCCUACUUCAUAAAUGGCCUUAAGGUUUUGCAUUGGGAAGAUACAGUGCUCCCCUCUCCUUUCCUUGUCUCCAUCCAAUUUGGAUCUGAGCAUGCUGCCUCAGUAAUGAAGUUUCAGGAAUUAUGGAAUGCUGAUGUAAAUAUAAAUGACUAUCCACUUGAGUUCCAGCUUUUUAGAGUUAUUAAUCUUCUCUCAAGUGUUCCUUGGAUAACUAAACUACACUAUAUGUUGCCUCCAUUUCCACCGGCUUAAGGAGCACUUCUAAUGCACUUGAAAGGGAUGGUUGUCCUUUUGGCAGCUCUGGAAUGACUGUUCUUGAACUGCUGGGACCCUGGCUAAGAGUGAACAAGGUUGGGCAAUGCUGCCAUCUAUUUGUGCCUUUUGUUAAAUCUUGGAUAUAUUGGGUGAGCAAAAUGAUUACCACAGCAUUUGGGUGUGAGUGUUGCUUUCCUUAGACUCUGAGCCUCCUUUAUCUUUCAGAUAGUGAAGCUGAUUACCCAUCUCUCAUUCUGGCACCUCUUCAAAACAAACAAA